AUGAACAAACUGAACUUCCACAACAACAGAGUCAUGCAGGACCGCCGGAGCGUGUGCAUUUUCCUUCCCAACGACGAGUCUCUGAACAUCAUCAUAAAUGUUAAAAUUCUGUGUCACCAGUUGCUGGUCCAGGUGUGUGACCUACUCAGGCUAAAGGACUGUCACCUGUUUGGACUCAGUGUUAUACAGAAUAAUGAGCAUGUGUAUAUGGAGCUGUCACAGAAGCUUUAUAAAUAUUGUCCAAAAGAAUGGAAGAAAGAGGCCAGCAAGGGAAUUGACCAGUUUGGACCUCCUAUGAUUAUCCACUUCCGAGUACAGUACUAUGUGGAAAACGGCAGACUGAUCAGUGACAGAGCAGCAAGAUUCUAUUAUUACUGGCACCUGAGAAAACAAGUGCUCCAUUCUCAGUGUGUGCUCCGCGAGGAGGCCUACUUCCUGCUGGCAGCCUUCGCCCUGCAGGCUGACCUUGGGAACUUCAAAAGGAAUAAGCACUUUGGAAAAUACUUCGAGCCCGAGGCUUACUUCCCAUCUUGGGUUGUUGCCAAGAGGGGGAAGGACUACAUCCUGAAGCACAUUCCAAACAUGCAUAAAGAUCAGUUUGCACUGACCGCUUCCGAGGCUCAUCUGAAAUACAUCAAAGAGGCCGUCCGGCUGGACGACGUGGCCGUUCACUACUACAGGCUGUAUAAGGAUAAAAGGGAGAUUGAAGCUUCUCUGACCCUCGGGCUGACCAUGCGGGGAAUACAGAUUUUCCAGAAUUUAGAUGAAGAGAAACAAUUACUUUAUGACUUCCCCUGGACAAAUGUUGGAAAGCUGGUAUUUGUGGGUAAGAAAUUUGAGAUUUUGCCAGAUGGCCUGCCCUCAGCCAGGAAGCUCAUCUACUACACGGGGUGCCCCCUGCGCUCCAGGCACCUCCUGCAGCUGCUGAGCAACAGCCACCGCCUCUACAUGAACCUGCAGCCCAUCCUGCGCCACAUCCGGAAGCUGGAGGAAAACGAAGAGAAGAAGCAGUACCGGGAAUCCUACAUCAGUGACAACCUGGACCUUGACAUGGAUCAGCUGGAGAAGCGGUCCCGGGCCAGCGGGAGCAGCGCGGGCAGCAUGAAGCAUAAGCGCCUGUCUCGUCACUCCACCGCCAGCCACAGCAGUUCCCACACCUCGGGCAUCGAGGCGGACACCAAGCCCCGGGACCCGGGGCCGGAGGACAGCUACUCGGGCAGCGCCAUCCACCGCAAGCUGAAGACCUGCAGCUCCAUGACCAGCCACGGCAGCUCCCACACCUCGGGGGUGGAGAGCGGCGGCAAGGACCGGCUGGAAGAGGACUCGCAGGACGAUGAAAUAGAGAUGUUGGUUGAUGACCCCAGGGACCUGGAGCAGCUGAACGAAGACUCUCUGGAGGUCAGCCCGGACAUGUGCAUCUACAUCACGGAGGACAUGCUCCUGUCGAGGAAGCUCAAUGGACACUCUGGGUUGAUUGUGAAAGAAAUCGGUUCUUCCACCUCCAGUUCCUCCGAAACAGUUGUCAAACUUCGUGGCCAGAGCACCGAUUCUCUUCCACAGACGAUAUGUCGAAAACCAAAGACUUCCACGGACCGGCACAGCUUGAGCCUCGAUGACAUCAGGCUUUACCAGAAGGACUUCUUGCACAUCGCCGGCCUGUGUCAGGACACUGCUCAGAGCUACACCUUCGGCUGCGGCCACGAACUGGACGAGGAAGGCCUCUACUGCAACAGCUGCCUGGCCCAGCAGUGCGUCAACAUCCAGGACGCCUUCCCCGUCAAAAGAACCAGCAAAUACUUUUCUCUGGACCUCACUCACGAUGAAGUUCCAGAGUUUGUUGUAUAA